UCUCUCUACAAUUGAAUCCGUAUACCGGAAUCGCACGCCGGGCGAGGGAAUUUGAUAGAUCCGGUGAUCGACGCUGUGUCGAAAAUGCCGCGAACCAAGUAUGCGCGAAACAAGAGGAAGACUUCGGGGACCGAGUCUACAAAGGAGUACGAUAUAAUGGCUCAGACCUUUGACAGACAUGUGCAAUUACGUAUUACAAAAUUGGAACGCGAUGCCCAGGCUGACGUCAAAAGCUUCGAGACCUUCAUAGACGUUAUAUGUUCCCGUCUACCAUCGGAGAUACGUUUUGGGAUGACAUUGGGUGAGAUACUUGGUUAUAAUAAUAAUCAUCGUAGCGACAACAAGCAGAAAAAGGAGAAUGUCAACGAUGAGGUGAGCUCGUCGGUCCAGGAUUCUAUGCAGCCACCAGCUACUGUAUCCAAGUCUAAGCUAAAGACGGAGUACAAAACCGCCAAACGUACCACGACCACCACCGAUGAUGGAUACGGGACUGAGAGGAACACCAGUGUGGGUAGCACCAGGUCGAGGAAGAUGAAAGUGGAGGCCCAACCGCAGACAACAAGGAGGACACGUAGUUCUAGCAGAAAUAACAGGACUCAACUCAGCGAGAUCUCUCAGAUGACUGUAACUAAGCCCAGGGCCAAAAAGAUGAUCGAUACCUUCAAGACACCAGCACCAUUAAAGCCCCACAGCACCGUCUACGAUGUGGUUACGCCGAAAAUCGUGCCAAAUACACCGUUGAAUGUACUGAGACGUCCUCGUCAGGGAGAGAUGGUUCUCAGUAUGCAAGGCAGUCCUCUACUGGUUUCUGCUAUUGUCGAGGAAAAAAUUGCUAAUAUUAAUGUACCUCUGGGUAAUGGUAAUGUGAUGUCCUUGUUGCCUCAGGAGGGAUUGCGUAUGUCUACUAUUCCCCAAUUGGAUCCUGAAACGAUGGAACAAUUGGAGACCCUCAAAAAACAUAUUGAGAAAGUUAUUGCAUUCAAGUAACAAUACAAAUAUAUAUUUCUUUACUGAAUAGAUAACUCUUUUUAUUAUAGAAAGGAUUUAUUUCAAUUUGAAAUAUUAGGACACAAGCAAUCCUGAAGCUGUAAUAUAGGAUAUAUGCUUACGUCAAAGAUCAAGCCCAGCGUUGAAUAUAUUGAAGUGUUUCAAGAUGAAAUGUUCCUCAGCAUGUGGGUCACAAUUUUGGCCUCUACUGUCGAAAAUUGCUAGUAUUAAUAUACUUUUGUAUAACGCUAUAAUGUGAUGUCCUUUGUUGCAUCGAGAAGGAUUGUGUAUAUCGCAUAUACUUCCAUUGGAUCUUGAAACAAUGCAGCAAUUGGAAACUCUUAAGAUUCACAUUAAGAUAGUUAUUAUAUAUUAAAGUAGAUAUAAUGUCAAUAUAUAUAUAAAUAUCAA